AUGUUGGCUCUCGUCUUGAUAGGCUGCGGCGCCACCGCGCUGGCUCAGCAGGUCUACAUCUCCGCCAACGGCCCAGUCACGCGAUCGCAGUGUUCGGAACAAACCGCGUCUCCAUCGUACGCCUUCAGCCAGUUCUCCUACACCCAGACAGAGACCGUACGCACAGCGACAUCAGUCCAACCAGAGUGCACCACCACGUACGCGCCUCCCUACGAGUCUCUCAGCCAUUUGGUCCCGUCCUUGACGACGACCACUUGGGGCAACUGGUAUCCCAACCAGACGCAACGGGCUGCAAACAACAGCGACCCAUACGGGCCGGCAGCUUGGUCGUCUCUGUGGGAGGUAGCCAAGAUUGCCAAUUUCACCACCAGAGGCCUCUACUCGACGACGGUGCAGCCGACGCCGGUACCUUCGAGCGAUCUGGUGCUCCCGCCGCCCAACUAUUUCGGGCCUCAGGAUUGCUACAAUUUUCCCGAAGACUUUAUGUUUGGCGUCGCUGGUUCGGCAUCUCAGAUCGAGGGCGCUAUCGCCGAUGAGGGCAGAGCUCCGACGCUCAUGGAAGUCGGGUUCCAGUCCGGAGUGAUGGCCAACGACUACGUCACCAACGAGAACUACUAUCUCUACAAGCAGGACAUCGAGCGUCUGGCAUCGAUGGGAGUGAAGCACUAUUCCUUUUCCAUUGCCUGGACGCGAAUCCUUCCAUUCACUUUCCCGGGGACGCCUGUGAACAAGCAAGGUCUCGACCACUACGACGACCUGAUCAACUUCGUCUUGCAGAAGGGCAUGAUCCCCAGUGUGACCCUGUUCCAUUUCGACACGCCAUUUGCCAUAUUCAAGAACAACCUCACUAGUCUGAAGGAGCGUCCGCUCAUCGGCUACGUGAACGGCGGGUACCAGAUGGACGGUUUCGAGGACGCCUUUGUCAACUACGGCAAGAUCGUCAUGACGCACUAUGCGGACCGCGUGCCCGUAUGGUACACCUUCAAUGAGCCGCUGCUCUACAGCACAAACGGCAAGAGCGUCGACGCCGUGGUUAAGGCCCACGCCCGCCUGUACCACUUCUACCGCGAAGAGAUCAAGGGCACUGGCAAGAUCAGCCUCAAGUUCAACGACAACUUUGGCGUGCCUCGCGACCCCAACAAUACCGACCACCUCAACGCCACGAAUCACUUCAAUGACUUUCAGCUUGCCACGUUCUGCAACCCCAUCUUCCUGGGCAAGGACUAUCCCGAGGCGUUCAAGAUGACCAUCCCCGACUACGUCCCGUUGACAGAGGAGGAUCUCAAGUACAUCAAUGGGACGGCAGACUUCCUUGGUAUCGAUCCCUACACGGCGACUGUUGUGGAACCACCUCCCCAGGGGAUCGCUGCCUGCGCUGUCAAUUCAUCUGAUCCACUGUUCCCCUACUGUGUCAAGCAGUUCACCAACACGAGUACAGGAUGGGAUAUUGGCUACCGAUCCGAGAGCUACGUGUACAUCACGCCGAAGUACCUGCGUACUUACCUAUCCUACCUGUGGAACACCUUCAAGACGCCCGUCAUGAUCACCGAGUUUGGCUUCCCCGUGUUCGACGAAUCGAAGCGAGCGGUGAUCGACCAGCUGUAUGACUCACCGCGAAGCGAGUACUAUCUAUCAUUCAUGAGUGAGGUGCUCAAGGCCAUCUGGGAGGAUCACGUCCAUGUGAUGGGGGCGUUUGCGUGGAGCUUUGCCGACAAUUGGGAGUUUGGAUCUUAUGAAUCGCAGUUUGGCAUUCAGUUCGUCAACAGAACGACCCAGGAGCGGAGAUACAAGCGGAGUUUCUUUGAUCUUGUGGACUUUAUGGCAAUUCGAACACGAAAGAAGUAG